CCGGCCGGGCGGGCGGAGGAGGCGGAGGGGGCCCGUGCUAAUUACAUAAGCAAAACGUAAAUAAUUCGCGGGAAAAAGUGAAAAAGAUGGCGCCCCGCCUCAGCCGCCUGCAGCGCUGCUAGCCGGGGAGCAGCCGGGGGCGGCCUGGGGGGGACCCCGCGCCCCAGGCACUGAGCCGCCCGCGGGCAGCGCUCUCCGCCCGGCGCUGAGCCCCGAGGACUCGGCGGAGCGUGUCUGCUGAGGCUCAUGGAGAACGGCACACACAACCCAAUCAUCCGAGAUGUCUAUGCAGCUGCCAGCCAUCUGCAACAAGCAGCGGUCAACUCUUCUGCGAAUGGGAGUGGCUGCAGAGAUCUGAUGGUCAAACUGACGGAGGGGCAGUAUGUGCUCUGCAGGUGGACUGAUGGACUCUAUUACAUUGGAAAGAUCAAGAGGGUAAGUGGCUCCAAACAGAGCUGUCUUGUGACCUUUGAAGAUAACUCCAAGUACUGGGUCCUUUGGAAGGAUAUUCAGCAUGCUGGUGUCCCCGGAGAAGAGCCAAAGUGUAACAUCUGCCUGGGAAAGACAUCAGGGCCCCUGAACGAAAUCCUCAUCUGUGGAAAAUGUGGUCUAGGUUACCACCAGCAGUGCCACAUCCCGGUGGUGGACAGCAGCGACGGCCCCGUGCUGACGCCCUGGUUUUGUCGGAGAUGUAUAUUUGCCCUGGCUGUACGGAAAGGGGGCGCCCUGAAGAAGGGAGCCAUUGCCAAGACGCUGCAAGCCGUCAAGAUGGUGCUGUCCUACAACCCGGAGCAGCUGGAAUGGGAUUCUCUGCACAGGACCAAUCCGCAGCAGUGUUACUGUUACUGCGGCGGCCCUGGAGAAUGGUACCUGAAGAUGCUGCAGUGUUACAGUUGCAGGCAGUGGUUCCAUGAGGCCUGCACGCAGUGCCUUAGCGACCCCAUGAUGUUUGGAGACCGGUUUUAUGUGUUUUUCUGUGCGGUGUGUAACCAGGGGCCAGAAUACAUCAAGCGCCUGCCCUUGAGAUGGGUCGACGUUGUCCACCUGGCCCUCUAUAAUCUGGGCGUCCAGAGCAAAAAGAAGUACUUCGACUUUGAGGAAAUCCUCGCCUUUGUAAAUCACCACUGGGAUCCUUUCCAGCUCGGAAAGCUGACCAGCACUCCGGCCUCAGAACGUGCGCCACACCUGCUCAAUGCACUCAACAGCUACAAAAGCAGAUUUUUGUGCGGUAAGGAAAUCAAGAAGAAGAAAUGCAUCUUUCGCCUGCGAAUUCGUGUCCCGCCAAACCCCCCAAGCAAGCUCCUGCCAGAGAAAGUACCAGGUUUGGGUGAGAGUGGAGCUUCUGAGCUGAAGAAGAGAGGAAAAAGCAAAUACGCCCAUAAAAACGGUUUGCUGCCGCAUGAAUUUCAACAGCAGAAAAGGCGAGUUGCUAGAAGAAAAAGAUCAAAAUUUUUGUUGGAGGAUGCUAUUCCCAGUAGUGACUUCACCUCGGCUUGGAGCACAAACCACCACCUGGCCAGCAUAUUUGACUUUACACUGGAUGAAAUUCAGAGCUUAAAAAGUGCCAGCUCAGGGCAGACUUUUCUUUCUGACCUGGAUUCCACAGAUGCUGCCAGCACAUCUGGCUCUGCGAUAACGAGCUUGUCUUAUGAAUCGAGCAGAAGGAACGUGGGCAGCCGGAAACGAAAGCUGGCGGCUAAAGCCUAUGCCCCAGUGGGGGGGAAGAGAAAAGGCAUCGAACAAGGUGGGCACCUGAACAGCUGCGCCUCGGAGAGCAGUGAGGCGGCCUGUGCCCCGGAGCGCCAGGAUGACGGGAUCGACAGCCACACCUUGGAGAGCAUCAGCGAGGACGACUCCUCCCUCUCCCACCUCAAGUCCUCCAUCACCAACUACUUUGGAGCAGCCGGCAGGCUGGUGUGUGGGGAGAAGUACCAGGUGCUAGCCCGCAGGGUGACUCCGGAGGGGAAAGUCCAAUAUCUGGUAGAAUGGGAAGGCACCACCCCAUAUUGAUCCCUCUGGCUUGGACCAGCCUGGGAAACCUCUCCUAGAAUUAAAUAGAUCAAUCAUACAAAACCCAUGACCUAAACCAAAGGAGGCAAGGGAUGUGGAUGAGCAGGGCUCCUGCGCUGGCCGCGCACCGAUGCAGGAGAACUUUGACAGCUCUCCUUACGCUUACAGUGAGUUGUGCAGGCGAGGUUUGAAAGGAACACUUAACCGUCGGGAGCAGGGGAUCUCUAGGGAGCUGUGAAGGACUUAGGACAGGGUAUAGCAGAGGCAGUUGGACACGGCGAUUACAUCCAAACUUACUGUGAGCCGCGGCAUCGGGUGGCUAAAACUGAUAGAGUUCUUGUUUUUAAUGAUGGUUAUUUUAUUGGUCAUGUAUAUACAACUGGCUUCCCUAAGGGACCCCUUGGCUAAGCCAAGGGAGCCAUCUUUGUGGAAGUGAGCAAUUAGUGAUAUGGCUUUUCAUUGUGAUACUCUGCUGCACCAUAGAGGCAUGGUAGGCCCAUCCGAACCACCCAGCAUCUGGCUGAUAGUGCACACACGUCUGAUGGAGCAGCUCUUGUGGUGAGAGGAAAGCAAAGAGGGAAGGUUGAGUGGAGGAAGGAAAACCAAUCUGUAUAGAGCUCAAACCAUCAUCCCCUCUAGUAACAAUAAAAAUGCUGUUAUGCAGAAGAACCAUAUCUAAGUUCACCAGUGUCUUAUGAUCACAUACAAGCCUUAAAUAACAGACCCAAGUGGUCUUGUUACUAAAGCAGAAAGCACCUACAUAACCAGUUCUAUAAUGCGUAAGUACCCAAGUAUCACAUUCUUGUGCUGAUAGAAAAUGCUGGGCAGGCUGAUUCUUGCCAAAGCAAUCAUAUAGUACACCUCUACCCCGAUAGAACGCUGUCCUCGGGAGCCAAAAAAUCUUACCGCGUUAUAGGUGAAACCGCGUUAUAUUGAACUUGCUUUGAUCUGCUGGAGUGUGCAGCCCCGCCCCCUGGAGCACUGCUUUACCACGUUAUAUCCGAAUUCGUGUUGUAUUGGGUGACGUUAUAUCGGGGUAGAAGUGUAUUUACCUCCUCAUCAUACACUCAUUCAUUAAUGGGACGGACACACACUCUCUCCUAGGCCAUUCACUUCCAGCCUUUCCAGCCACAGGACAGAUUUACAUUAUGGUUGCUAUUGUCCCAUGACAUUAAGAUGUAAAAUGAUGCAGCGGCUCCAUUUGCUUAUUCUUUUGACAAUCACAGUCUUGGAAUGAAUCAGACAAAUGACAUGAGCUUGCCUUAAAACCAAGGAGGGCCUUGUUCUGCACUGAUGGCAUCUUAAAUGAAAUGGAGCCAUGGGCAUUUAUUUUUGUAAAGAUCAGUGUGUUGAAUGCUGCCAAAUGAAUAGACAAGCCAAAAAAAACCCCAGCAAAACAAAGGAAAAGUGACUGUAUUUCUGUGAAUGAAAGAGAAAUGUUUGUGUAGGGGGAGGGAAUUUCUGUUGCUGCUGCUUUUGGAUACAUAACAAUACAUAUCGCUAUUUGUAUUACCUGACAUAUACCAGCUGAACCAAAUCUUUCUACUUAGCUGCAUGAUCUCUGUCUUUUUUGCUCUUGCGUAUAUAGUGGAAGAAGAGGAUGUUGCCUUGCAGGGCAAGGAAGGGAGAGGAAAUGCAGUAACUUAAGAAUCAGAAGAAUGAAUGUAAUAAAUUAUUGGAAGGCGAGCCAUGUUUUCCAUUAUUGGGAUUCAGAAAGUGACUUGCUAAGCUGAAUUCUGGGAUUCAGUUUGCCUACCUAAUAAUAAAAAGUUGCCACUCUUGUCUAAUAUAAAGUGAUAUUGUCAGGUAGCUAAGACACAAUCUGGGUUGUUUGAAAAUAGAACUAUACUUUUACAAACUCUAAUAUCAGUAGAAAUGUUUGUUAGGUUUUUCUUUUGAACAUUCAGUGAAAAGUUAUCCACACUUUCUAGCCUGGUCAUUGAGAACCCAGAGUGAAACUGACAAUAAACAAGUGACAAGGUGCGGGAGGUAAUAUUUUUUGAUUGGACCAACUUCUGGUGGUGAGAGAGAAGCUUUUUUGAGCUGCAUAGAGCUCUUCUUCAGAUGACCUGAAGUUGGUCUGAUACAAGAUACAACUUCACCCCACUUGUCUCUGUAAUACCCUGGGACCAACAUGGCUACGACAACACUGUGGAUAAACAACAGUGAAACUGACAAGUCUCCUUUCAUUGUCCAAACUGAGAGAAGUGCAAAAAUUUAAACCUCUUAAAGGCAAAAAAAGCAAACUAGAGUUUGCAAAUACUUUCACCUUUAAUAAUCCCUAAAGGACAUGAUUUUAACAGUGUAUAUGCUUUUAUGACCUAGCUGUUGCAAGAUGAACUGAAAAGCUCAUUUUAUUGAAAAUUUUUUAUGUAAGAUCCUGAAUCAUUCAGCAUGUGAUUCUCCCCUAACUGACAUGGGUGUAAAGCAAGAGUAAAAACGUGUGAGAGAGGAAACUCCAUUGUUAAGCAGAACUCCCAUAAUAAAAGCAGCACUUCUCCACUGACAUCUAAAUGAAUGGCACAACAUCGCCUUAACAGAACAGGUUAAAGUUACAAACCAAAGGCCAAAUUAUAUAUUCCUUAACAAAGUAAAACUCCCAUUGAUGUCACUCUUCACAUAACAUUGUGGAUAAUCCAGGUGUGUGUGCGGGGUUGUUUUUAAUUUAAACCUCCUCUUUUUCCCCCCCACCCCAUCUGAAUUAAGGUCUCUGUAUUUCUGUAGCCUGAGUUGAUUAUAUGGCUGAGACCCAGAAUGAUGCAUACAGCUCCUUGCUGUCCUUUGAGUGUUAGAGUUUUGGGACAGAUUCUGACUGGAUGCACCAGUGUAAAUUUGAAGUAUUUAUAUUGCCUUCAGUUGAGUUCUUCAAGAUUAUCCCAGAGUAACUAGGAUCAGAAUCUGGCCUGUCAUCAGCUGCUGUAGCAGAAGCAGAUUAGUCUGAACAUCCAUUGUAGCAGGUUUUCAGGGUUUUUUUUUUUUGGGGGGGGUGUUAAAAAAAGAAGCCUUUCAAUUAAUCUGUCAGAAAUGAUCUAGGAACACUUGGAUGGAAAAGCUGCCGCCUGCUUGUAAAAUGUGGAGUCUGUUGUUGGGACUGGAUUUGAAUCCAGUGAAUGGAAACCGUGACUUUUAAAAGUCAAUCUGUAGUACAUCUCUACUGUUAAAGUAACCUCUCACCACUGAGGCUUGGUCUCUACUACCAUCUUGUGUUGGUAUAGCUCCAUCACUCAGGGGGGUGGAAAAUCCACCCCGAGGAGCGACGCAGUCAUAUGGAUCUAACCCCCACUGUAGAUAGGGCUGUGUCUCCGGGAGAGCCUCUCCUGUCAACAUAGCCAGUGCCUCUCGGGAAGGUGGAGUACAGUGGCGUAGCUUCACUUCUACAGCACUGUCAGUGUAGACAAGCCCUUAGUCACGUGCAUAGAAAGUAUUAAAAGACUCUCCUAACUACGCAGCUUGUGAGUGAAAAGAAACUGACUUGGCUCCUGAACCUGCAUCAGAUCUGUGUGGGCAUGUGCCCAAGGGUUUGCUUGUGUGGAUCCAAUUGUAGGAUUGGGGUCUUUCUAUGCACGGUAAUACGUUUUUUGAUUUGGUCUCUUGGGACCUGAUCCAAACCCCAUUGGAAUCAAUAUGAGUUUUUCUAUUGACUUCAACAGAGUUCAGAUCAGGCCCUAUAUCAUUUUGAGUCUUUUCAGCACAAAAGCUAGUUGUUUUUUUUUUUGCUGUUUCCGAAAGCUAGGCUUUUUUUUUUUUUAAUGAUUCGAAGUACUGUAGCUAUUACAUGUCCUGGAAAAUACAUAAGUGCUUUGAAUGCAUACUUAUAGCCAACGAAGCAAUAUAAAAAGACCCUUUAUUGAAUCUACUCCUUGUUUUCAGCACAUAUUCAGGAGCCCCAGGAUAACCAAGAGAUUUUGAGGCUUUUGGCUUAGAAAUGAAUGGGGUGGAGGAGGGGGGACGUAUUUCUGUAUUUUAAAUGUGGGCAUUAGAGUUGGGUCAAUACCCAUCGCCUUUCAGAGGUGAAGUGAAAGAGACAAGACCCUGACUCUGCCAUGAGCUCUGCCUCACUUGUCAACUUCAGUAGGUUCUGCCUGCAUGGAGCUUAUAAGUGAUCAGGGAAUUAGCAUUUAAGAUCUUAAAUCAGUAACAGAAUAGAUGUGCAUGCUGAAAUUAUAUGCAACUCCCCUUGAAAAGACAGUAGCAGAAAGUCAGUUCCUCCUUUACUUACCUGCCAAGACCUGAAACUCCCACUGACUUCAGGGAGUGUCCCCGAGAGAGGUUUGCAGAGCUGGAGUCCAGGGGCUCAGGCUUGGCUUAGAGCAGUGUGAGGGACACAGCUCCCUGUUCUGCUCUGGGUGUUGGUGGAGUGAUUGGCUGAUGCACAAUGAAUGAGUCCUGAUCUUGCCAGGUGGGGCCUUUCUGUUCAUCUCUCAAUUGUGUUUCCGCCCUUUGAAAGCCGCAGAAUAGGCAGCGCAGUGACACCAAGUCCUCAGAAAGCCAUUGCACAUUUCAGGAAUGUCUGUGCCCCAGUGUGCUGCAGGUGUAAGCUUUUUAUUUUAGGCCCUGCAAACCAACCAACCAAUCUUCCCCACCCCCGCAUCCGUUCCAGAGAGGGGAAUGUGGAGCCUUUAAAAAUGCUUUGUUCCAGAGGAUGUGUUGCAUUAGUUCUAAUAGAUCUUAUAACGAUUCUGUGCACCUUCUAAAGAUUUAUGAUGUCAAGUUGCUGCUUUUAAUAACCAACUUUUGUUAUAUUCAAGUUGUAAUUAAUAUGUCUGAUGUACAAUUAAAAAGUCUUUUUU